AUGUUUGCUGAUAUGAAGCACAGUAUGAUAGGAAGCUAUCGUAAGCCUCCAGAUAAAAUAACUGACCCUUCAUUUAUAUACUCUGGAGAAGCACCUUGGAAACAUCUAUCCAAGAAAUUACCUUUUUCUACUCCAAAUACUCCUGCUCUUUUGUUGGCCCUGAAAACUCUUCAGGAUAAGAUUCAACAGCUAGUGAUAGAGAGAGCACAAGCUGAAGAGAACCUGAGCGCUCUUUCCCGAGAAGCUGAACAGUAUAAAAAAGCCUUGCAGGAUGAAAAUAAUGAACGAGAUCUGGCACACCAGGAACUGAUAAAGCAGAGAAAAGAUAUCAGUACACAGCUGCUUGCUGCCCAGACUCGUUGUUCUAUUCUAGAGAAACAACUGGCACUUACAAAGAAAAUGGUUUUAAAUGCAGAACAGGAAAAGAAUGUUGCCCUCGAACAACAGCAGGAAAAGGAUCAGAAUCAGAUGAAGCUGAAUGCAAAACUUGAAAAGCUUGAAGUCUUAGAAAAGGAAUGUUUCAGACUAACAACUACUCAGAAGACAGCUGAGGAAAAGAUUAAAUAUUUAGAAGAAAAGCUUAUUGAGGAAGAACAUCAGCGUAAGCUGGUUCAAGACAGAGCUGCUCAGCUUCAAACUGGACUUGAGAUCAAUAGAAUUUUAAUGUCUUCAGUUCUACCUUCACAACUAAUCAAGAGAAAGAAAUCUACAAAGAAAAUAAAAUGCUCAAAGAGAGGACUUCAGCAGACUCAUUCAAAGUUUGGUGCCAUAGGAAAGUCUGCCAAUGUGAGUCAUUCUGUGAAUACAAGUGUGCAAACCCUCCUGAAUUUGAUGAAACAUGGCAGUUCACCCUCCCUUCAGGGAUGCCCCGAAGCAACUGAACGCAGGGCUAUUGGUAAAAGAACUGUCCGAAGCAGACCCACAUCCUCUUACUCUUCAGUUGGAGAUGGUUUGUCUGACCUAUUGAUGGCUAUGCAAGAUGAAUUGGACCAGAUGAGCACUGAACACGAAGAACUUUUAAAGCAAGUACAGGAAAGUCCAGUACUUCCAGUUAAUGAAGACUUAGAAUGUGAACUGAGUUGUUUAGCUAGAAAAAUGGAAAUUAAAGGGGAACAAAUACACAAACUGAAGAAAUAUCAAGACCAUGUAAAUAAACUACAACAAAAAUCUCAAAAUGAAAAGAGCGAAGCUUCCAGCAUCCAGCCAGAAGAUGAAGACCAAAAAGAAACAAAGAAUGUGCCAGUCACAGUAGUCACCAAAAAGGGCACAAAUAAGACUAAGCCUCCUCAGAAAAAUUUCAGUUGUCAAAUGCCGCAUAAGUGUGUCCAGAAGAUUCAGAUGACACUCAGGAAAGAUGAUGUGAAAUGGGAACAGUAGAGCAAUGAUGUAAAAUUCAACUUCAAUGAACCUUGCUGAUCAUUGGGAAUUUUUAAUUGUCUGAAGUGAUUUUAAUUUAAUGUAACUUUUAAGAACUUUCUAAUUAUGUUUCAUGUCCAUAACAUAUUAAAUCAUAGUAUUUUUAAAAUUAAUGCUGAGUCACUUGCUAGGAGUUCCCCAGACUAAAUGAUCUCUUUUUCUCAUUCGUUGAAAUAUCAUGGCAUGAUUUCAUCACAUUUUAAAAAGAAUUAUUUAUUUUUGGAUAUGUCUAGGUUAAAUUUUAGAAACAGUAUCAACAAGAUUCAUUCUUAAGCAGAUCCCACAAAAUUUGAGAUAUGGAAUUUAAAAUUGUUUUAUCUUAAGGCAAAUGGAAUUGGUGAUUCUCCUCAACUUUGUAUCAGAUAUAUGAAUUCAUCUGUUUUGGAGAAGAAACUUUAUAUUAAAAUGUAAUAACCUCCAA